AUGGCAACGCGGGUCCAGGCAGGUUGCCCGGGCGACACACAGCUGGGCCUGAGCUGCGGCGCGGCCAUUCACAGGAGCGCCUGUGAGGCAGGCAGCGUGCGCGCCGCUGUGCUGCGUGUGGCAUCGGCCGAGAGCGGGCUCCAGAGCAUGGGGCCAGUGGCUCGCCACCUCGCCAUAUCACCACCUCGCCACCUCGCCACCUCGCCACCUCGCCACCUCGCAACCUUGCCACCUCAUCACCUCGCCACCUCGCCACCUCGCCACCUCACCACCUCGCAACCUUGCCACCUCACCACCUCAUACCACCGCCUCGCCACCUCACCACCUCGCCAACUCACCACCUCGCCACCUCGCCAUCUCGCCACCACACCACCUCGCCACCACGCCACUUCGCCACCUCGCCACCACGCCACCUCGUCACCUCACCACCCCGCCACCUCGAGAUACCACCACCUCGCCAACUCACCACCUCGCCACCUCGUCACCUCGCCAUCUCGCCACCACACCACCUCGCCACCACGCCACUUCGCCACCAAACCACAUACCCACCUCGCCACAUCACCACCUCACCACAUCGCCACCCCGCCACCUCACCACCUCGCCACCUCCAGAUACCACCACCUCGCCAAAACACCACCUCGCCAUCUCGCCACCACACCACCUCACCACCUCGCCACCUCGCCACCUCGCCACAACGCCACCUCGCCACCAAACCACAUACCCACCUCGCCACAUCACCACCUCACCACAUCGCCACCCCGCCACCUCACCACCUCGCCACCUCCAGAUACCACCACCUCGCCAAAACACCACCACGCCACCUCGCCACCUCGCCACCUCGCCACCUCGCUCCGUGUAGUAAUGUGCGAGGCCGACUGCAGCGUGGUGGCGCAGUUCCUGGGUCAAUCUGGAGGCGGCGGGUUGUGCCCCGCCGCCGGCUGUAUCGACCCUCGCCCCCUGGUCCUGGGGGCGUGGGGGCAGAGCCUGGAGCCAGGGCGAGACCCAGGAGAGGCCGGGGGCGGCAGUCUGGAGGCGGCGGGUUGUGCCCCGCCGCCGGCUGUAUCGACCCUCGCCCCCCUGGUCCUGGGGGCGUGGGGGCAGAGCCUGGAGCCAGGGCGAGACCCAGGAGAGGCCGGGGGCGGCAGUCUGGAGGCGGCGGGUCGUGCCCCGCCGCCGGCUGUAUCGACCCUCGCCCCCCUGGUCCUGGGGGCGUGGGGGCAGAGCCUGGAGCCAGGGCGAGACCCAGGAGAGGCCGGGGGCGGCAGUCUGGAGGCGGCGGGUCGUGCCCCACCGCCGGCUGUAUCGACCCUCGCCCCCCUGGUCCUGGGGGCGUGGGGGCAGAGCCUGGAGCCAGGGCGAGACCCAGGAGAGGCCGGGGGCGGCAGUCUGGAGGCGGCGGGUUGUGCCCCGCCGCCGACUAGCCUGGAGCCAGGGCGAGAUCCAGGAGAGGCCGGGGGCGGCAGUCUGGAGGCGGCGGGUUGUGCCCCGCCGCCGGCUGUAUCGACCCUCGCCCCCCUGUUCCUGGGGGCGUGGGGGCAGAGCCUGGAGCCAGGGCGAGACCCAGGAGAGGCCGGGGGCGGCAGUCUGGAGGCGGCGGGUUGUGCCCCGCCGCCGGCUGUAUCGACCCUCGCCCCCCUGGUCCUGGGGGCGUGGGGGCAGAGCCUGGAGCCAGGGCGAGACCCAGGAGAGGCCGGGGGCGGCAGUCUGGAGGCGGCGGGUUGUGCCCCGCCGCCGGCUGUAUCGACCCUCCCCCCUGGUCCUGGGGGCGUGGGGGCAGAGCCUGGAGCCAGGGCGAGAUCCAGGAGAGGCCGGGGGCGGCAGUCUGGAGGCGGCGGGUUGUGCCCCGCCGCCGGCUGUAUUGACCCUCGCCCCCCUGGUCCUGGGGGCGUGGGGGCAGAGCCUGGAGCCAGGGCGAGACCCAGGAGAGGCCGGGGGCGGCAGUCUGGAGGCGGCGGGUUGUGCCCCGCCGCCGGCUGUAUCGACCCUCCCCCCUGGUCCUGGGGGCGUGGGGGCAGAGCCUGGAGCCAGGGCGAGAUCCAGGAGAGGCCGGGGGCGGCAGUCUGGAGGCGGCGGGUUGUGCCCCGCCGCCGGCUGUAUCGACCCUCGCCCCCCUGGUCCUGGGGGCGUGGGGGCAGAGCCUGGAGGCAGGGCGAGACCCAGGAGAGGCCGGGGGCGGCAGUCUGGAGGCGGCGGGUUGUGCCCCGCUGCCGGCUGUAUCGACCCUCCCCCCUGGUCCUGGGGGCGUGGGGGCAGAGCCUGGAGCCAGGGCGAGAUCCAGGAGAGGCCGGGGGCGGCAGUCUGGAGGCGGCGGGUUGUGCCCCGCCGCCGGCUGUAUCGACCCUCGCCCCCCUGGUCCUGGGGGCGUGGGGGCAGAGCCUGGAGCCAGGGCGAGACCCAGGAGAGGCCGGGGGCGGCAGUCUGGAGGCGGCGGGUCGUGCCCCACCGCCGCUGUAUCGACCCGCCCCCCUGGUCCUGGGGGCGUGGGGGCAGAGCCUGGAGCCAGGGCGAGAUCCAGGAGAGGCCGGGGGCGGCAGUCUGGAGGCGGCGGGUUGUGCCCCGCCGCCGGCUGUAUCGACCCUCGCCCCCCAUUUCCUGGGGGCGUGGGGGCAGAGCCUGGAGCCAGGGCGAGACCCAGGAGAGGCCGGGGGCGGCAGUCUGGAGGCGGCGGGUCGUGCCCCACCGCCGCUGUAUCGACCCGCCCCCCUGGUCCUGGGGGCGUGGGGGCAGAGCCUGGAGCCAGGGCGAGAUCCAGGAGAGGCCGGGGGCGGCAGUCUGGAGGCGGCGGGUUGUGCCCCGCCGCCGGCUGUAUCGACCCUCGCCCCCCUGGUCCUGGGGGCGUGGGGGCAGAGCCUGGAGCCAGGGCGAGACCCAGGAGAGGCCGGGGGCGGCAGUCUGGAGGCGGCGGGUUGUGCCCCGCCGCCGGCUGUAUCGACCCUCCCCCCUGGUCCUGGGGGCGUGGGGGCAGAGCCUGGAGCCAGGGCGAGACCCAGGAGAGGCCGGGGGCGGCAGUCUGGAGGCGGCGGGUUGUGCCCCGCCGCCGGCUGUAUCGACCCGCCCCCCUGGUCCUGGGGGCGUGGGGGCAGAGCUCGCGCGCGGCAGUUCAGCGGCCCGACAAUCAAUACACCCACUGACCUCCAUCCGCGGCGCGCGUAG